AUGGAUUAUGGAAAUCAAACUUUGGUGACUGAAUUUUUCCUCAUGGGCUUACCUGAUCGCUUUCCGCAGCAGGUGCUCUUUGGGAUAUUUCUCGUGGUUUAUCUCAUCACUGUUCUGGGAAACCUGGGGAUCAUCACCCUCCUUUGGCUGGAUUCCCGACUCCACACCCCCAUGUAUUUUUUCCUCAGUCACUUGUCUUUUGUGGAUGUCUGCUUGUCUUCCGUCAUUGGUCCCAAGAUGUUGAUGGACAUCUUUAUGGAGAAGAAAGUAAUCUCUUUCUUUGGUUGUUCUGCCCAGUUAUGGUUUCUUGGUCAGUGUGCAGUGACUGAGUGUUUCCUCCUGGCUUCCAUGGCAUAUGAUAGGUACACAGCCAUCUGUAAGCCAUUGUUGUACAUGCUCUUUAUGUCCCAGCGGGUCUGUGUGCAGCUGGUGGUCGGGCCCUAUGGCAUGGGUCUCAUAAGUGCCAUGACCCAUACAACACUUGCCUUUCACCUGUCUUACUGUGGCCCCCAAAUCAUCAAUCACUUUUUCUGUGACCUUCUUCCUGUUCUCUCCCUGGCAUGUGCAGACACCCAGGUCAAUAAACUUGUACUGUUUACCUUGGCUAGAGCUCUAGGAGUGCUCAGUGGUAUGAUCAUCUCAGUUUCCUACGUUUACAUCCUCACUGCCAUCCUGAGGAUACGCUCAGCCGAGGGGAGGCACAAGGCCUUCUCCACCUGCUCUUCACACCUGACGGCCGUCUCCAUCCUUUAUGGGACACUCUUCUUUAUCUAUGUACGUCCGAGUUCUAGUUUCUCCCUGGACAUCAAUAAAGUAGUUUCUGUAUUUUACACAGCCAUGAUUCGCAUGUUAAAUCCCCUUAUCUACAGCCUGAGAAACAAGGAAGUCAAGGAUUCAUUCAGAAGGACGUUUGAAAGGAAGAAGUUUCUUGUGGGUAGAUAGCUAGAACACCAUUUGUACUGCAGGUUGAGAGGGAAUGCAUAUGCAAGAUGCAGGAACAUGGGUGAGGUGUUUUGUGUCCUGCUUUUAUG